AUGAGUGCUCUGUCUGAAGCAAAUGGCACCUUUGCCAUUCAGCUAUUGAAGAUGCUAUGUGAAAGCAACCCUUCUCAAAAUGUAUGUUAUUCUCCUGUAAGCAUCUCCUCUGCUCUAGCUAUGGUCUUCUUGGGUGCAAAGGGACAGACAGAAGUCCAGAUAUCUCAGGCACUUGGUUUGAACAAGAUGAAAGACAUCCAUCGGGGCUUCCGGUUGCUUCUCAGGAAGCUGAACAAGCCAGACAGAAAUUACUCCCUUAGAGUGGCCAACAGGCUCUUUGCAGACAAAACUUCUGAAGUCCUCUCACCCUUUAAGGAGUCUUCUCUUCGCUUCUAUGACUCAGAGAUGGAGCAGCUCUCCUUUGCUGAAGCUACAGAGGAGUCCAGGCAACACAUAAACACCUGGGUCUCCAAACAGACUGAAGGCUAAAUUCCAGAGUUGUUGUCACACGACUCAGUUAGUUCAAAGACCAGGCUGGUUCUCGUCAAUGCCUUGUAUUUCAAAGGGAUGUGGGCUCAACAUUUUUGCAAAGAAUCUACCAGGGAAAUGCCAUUUAAAAUAAACAAGGAUGAGAAAAAGCCAGUGCAGAUGAUGCAUCAAAAAGGAAUGUUUAAGCUUGCCUAUGUAAAGGAGGUGUCAUCUCUGUUGUUAGAGAUUCCCUACCAGGGCAUGGAGCUGAGCAUGGUGGUCCUACUCCUAGAUAAGGGUGUAGACCUCAACAAGGUGGAAAACGAUCUCACUUUUGAAAAGUUAGCAGCCUGGACCAAACCAGACAUUAUGUGGGCCAAAGGGGUUAACAUUUUCCUUCCAAAAUUUAAACUCCAAGAGGAGUAUGAGAUGAACUCUGUGCUUCAGCGAUUGGGAAUGAUGGAUGUUUUUGAAGAGGCCAAGGCUGAUUUACCAGGAAUGUCUCCAGAGAAAAACCUGUGUCUGUCCAAGGUUGUUCACAAGAGUGUAGUGGAGGUCAAUGAGGAAGGCACAGAUGCUGCAGCGGCCUCUGCUGACAGCAUCAUUCCUUGUUGUUCUGGUGGCUCAUCACAGUUCCGUUCUGACCACCCCUUCCUUUUCUUCAUCAGGCACAACAAAACCAACAGUAUUCUGUUCUGUGGCAGGUUCUCAUCUCCAUAA